GAGUUUAACAAUGUGUUGUAAACAAUCGAUGUGAAGACGGUACAACGUGUGCGCUUAAAGAAAACGUUUUAUUUUAAAUAAUGUACUUAAGAGUUUUGGCGGUGUCUUUUUUGUGCAUGCGAAUGAUAGAAGUAGCGGCCCAGGGCGUGGUUCGUGUGCAGAAGUGUUGCGAGAGGUUCGAGCUGAUGAUAGACAACAGAUGCGCUCACAAGAAUGAAUCUGACAGCGAGGUUUGGAAUCCUGUAUUUAGCAGUGAGUCAGGUCAAGACAACGUGCAGGUGCCACUCUUCCGGUUAGUGAUUGGCCAGCCUGAAUGUGGAGCGCGGCUGAAAUGGCCCAUCUUCCACUACCCCGGCUCCCAGGAUCGCUUGAGCCUGCUGCCGAACGGCAAACUGCGACACUUCAUUUCGCACCACGAGCACGAUUCAAAGGGUGCGGACGUGGAGCUGUCUCAACUGAGCGGAGGCGACCUCGAUGGGCAGAGAUAUCAUGACUAUGACCUCGGCCUUUACUGCCUCGACAAGAUAAUCGUGACGCAGUCCCAGGAGGCGGGGCAAGUGGCGCAGUACGCGCUGGUGUGCUCCCCGGACGCGGGUCCCUCCUGGAACGACUCGGACCACCUGGUGCGCACGGUGGUGGACCCCGCCUGCCGGGGCGUGGCGCUGGCGUGCUACGUGGCGGUGGCCGCCGUCUACUUCGUGCUGCCGCAGCUGCGCGACCUCGCCGGCAACGUGGUGUCCUCGCUGGCCGCGUGCCUCGCCGUGAGCCAGGCCGCCGGCCUGGUGCUGGUGUUCGUGCAGUUCCGGCACCACGUCAGCUUCCUGGUCGCAGAUACUUUCAUGUAUGUGGGACUUCUCGCUUCUUUUUAUUGGCUGAACAGCUUGGGAUACUACAUCUGGAGGACAUUUAGGUCUCGCAACGUGUACCUGCGUGUGACGGACGGGCGCAAGUACUGCUACUACUCGCUGUACGUGUGGUGCUGCACCCUGUCGAUGGCUGCCGUCGCCCUGUUUGCCCACUUCAUGCUCGAGCCGGAGGGUAUCAAGACGCAGCCCGGCGUCCUCAUGCAGAACAACUUGGGUUGGCUUGGAGUUGCCAUGUUUUUCACACCAGUGGCCUUCACCAUCCUAGUCAACCUCUUCUUUUACCUGACCACCGGGCAGAUCAUUAACAGAAUGUCUACCUACGGCAGAAUUCACCAUAAGAUGAAGUACAGCUUCGAGAUGUUCGCCAAGCUGUUCCUGGUGAUGGUGGUGGGCUGGCUGUUCCUGCUGCUGUCGUGGAUGCGCUACAGCGUGCUGUUCUAUUGCAACGUGCUGGUGAACGUGCUGCAGGCACUGCUGGUGCUGUACGUGUGCGUGCUGGGCCAGGGGAGGGUCACGGCGCUCGCCCGCGCCUCCUGCUGCCCGUGCGGGCGCAAGGGCGCGGAGCCCGGCGCCGACUGGGGGGAGGAGAUGUCCAGCAUGAACCCAUGCUCCUACUGACCCCCACCCGGUCUUAGACCAGUGGCGACAUUCCACGGUUGGAUCAAAUCAAACUCCAAGACAGUCUGAUAUGCAGUGCAAUUCCAGUCUCAAAAAUAUAUAUAUAUAUUUUUUGAAAUACGUAAUAAAUAUCCCAGUACAUAGUAUUCAUUUAUUGUAAAAACUAUAACACUUGUUUUUGAUGUACAGUACAACCCUGUUAUAACAUUCUCCAAGGGACCAACUUAAAAAAAUGUUAUAAGCAGGAAAAUGUUAUAAGCAGGAAAUCAUAAAAUUACAUCUUGACGGUGUUGGUUGGUGUUCCGUCUCUUCUCUUCUCUCACCGAUGUCUCUCUUGGGUGAGAGCCAGGUAGCCGGGUGGAGGAGGAGGUCGAGCUGCUGGUCUUGCGGCAGGUUUCACACUCGGCUGGUAUGCAGGCGAAUAGCUAGUGGGGUGAGAGAUAGGGACUAAACUAUUGAUUGAAAAUAAUGUCGGUAUUUUCACGGAACUUUUAUUGACCUGAAUUGUAGAAACAGUUCAAUUUGUUGCCUGCAUCGGCUUUUACAACAUACACUGAAUUGAAACACACGGUACACCCUAUCGUCCAGAAAGGGGAGGGGGAAGGGAGACAAAUUCCCUAGGCCGAGAUAGGUCCUCGGAUGGCCUAACUCGCGAAGGAGGGGUGCGAGCAGCAGAAAACGGAUAGCCAGUCGUUCUGCUGCUCCCCCUAUGAUCGUCCUAUGACCAGUGGGCGGAAUCCAGCCACACUGGCCGUCGGGCCGAUCAACUGACUUUCAGGUGGAUGACCUCGCCUUUAUAUAGGGAGAAAUGCGCGGGAACGAAGAAAAAGAAGGGAGGGGCGAACUAACUCCUCUUUGGAAGGGAUGAGAUGCGUGCGCAUGAAUCUCGCCGAAAUUUCCCUGCCCUGGUGGUGGAAGUAUAAACUAGAUAUUAAUAAUUAAAAAGAAAAGAUAAACUUGACAUAAAUAAUUAUAUGUUCCUACAUUAAUAUUCAAUCCUAUGUAUUAAAAAGUAUUUAAACUUGCUUUCACAACUUAAUUAGUUAAAUUUAUACUAUUAUAAAAUAUAAAUACAGUUGGUAGAUCGCCGGUCACAAGAUGGCGUCACAAUGUACAUGUUUAGCUGUGGCAAGAGAAAAAUAUACAUUUGUUUACACAACUCGUCCAUAUUUACUAUUAUAUUUUGAAGUACAUUAAUAUGUGGGGUUAUAGCGACGUAAAAAAAAUAAAGGAUGAAGAUGGUUCGUUGCAUUAAUGAAUUAUUCUAUUGUUCGUCGCUUUGUUUAUAACCUACGACGUCGCACAUAUUCGUCGCCGCAUACAGUAAAACCUCCAUUAACGAAUAUUCUAUUUAACGAAAAACCCCAUACAACGAAAUAAAAUUUUGGUCCUGCCGAACCGCCAUAAGAUCAAUGCUGUUUUAACCUCUAAAUACCGAAUUUUAUUUGUUCCGAAAUAGUGAAAUUCCCUUUACAACGAACUGCCGCUAUUGAAAAAACACGCAAAAAUAAACAUCUCCUACAAGACAUCCACUAAUUUUUUUGCAUUCACUGCUUAAAAAUACGUGCGUAUAACCUUAAAAUAAUAAGCAACAUCGUGGAAGGCAAUAAAUAAACAAAGCAUCAUGGAUAACACACGUCGUGUAUACAUGCCACACUUUGUUCAAAAUGGCGGGUACAUUUAGCGCUAGUGGCGGAAACCUCUCAUACCAUCGCUCUGGCAAGACGAACAACUAGUGUAUUUUGCGUUUCUAUGGUUAAAGAUGCACACACGCAAAUAUUUUUAACUAUGGUUUAGUACAAUUUCCGUUUUUUCAGUUUACACUGUUGUUUAUUUAUUUCCACACGUAGUUACGGAAAACAACACGUUACUACUGUAAAAUGAAUUCUAAUCCUAAAAAGCGGCGACAGAUUAACGUUAAAAUAAAAUUAGAAAUUUUAAAUGCAGUUGAUGAAAGUGGAAAAAAAAGUGAUAUAGCUAAACGUUUCGACAUCCCGGCGUCUACACUUUCGACCAUAUUAUCCAACCGGGAACAGAUCGAAAACAACGCUUCUCUGGUAGGGACAAAUCGAAAACGUGUGAAAGUAUGUAAAAAUGAUGAUUUGGACAAGAUACUUUUUGACUUGUUAAUGGAGGCUAGGGCAUCAAACAUCAACAAAGGCAUGCCAGGAAGCACUGGGGAUGGGAAUUGAUAAUUUCUAAGCAAUGGUCGGCCAUUAAACAAGUGUAUUCUAUGUACUUUUUCAUGUUUAAUUCCUCAUAUCGUAUUAAACAGUCAGAAAGACAGUUCUAGCCAUUUAUGUGAAGCUUUAUGGUGACUAGAAAUAUAUCGUGCGAAACCUCCAUUUAACAAACCCCUUUACAACAAACACUACAAAUUUUGGUCCCUUGAGAUUUGUUAAAUAGAGGUUUCACUGUAUAACGUGAGUAGGCCUAUUGCCGAAAUACAUUUUUCCCUGAAUUGCUUCUGAACUUAUAAAAACACGUUUUUGGGUUUAAUUAUCACGUAAAGUAACGUGAUAUUUAAUAUAGGAAGGGCGGGCACGCGUCAAUCUUCACUUUGUAUAAAUUACGCGUGGAUUAAUUAAAUUAAAGAGUAUAGGUAAAACAACACAAAGUACAGGAGUAAUACACUAAGUACAGCAAUAGAGUGGAAAAUUGGUCAAUUUUAUUUAUAGAUAAUACCUAAUAAUAUGCUAAAGAAAAAAAUGUUUUGUACGAUACUGUUCAGAGUCGAAACAGAAAUAUUAAACUCUUUUGCAAUCGCAACACACGUUUUGUUGGGGUUGAUAAACUGAAUUUUUUCAGCUACAGAAUAUGAAUUUCGCUUAUAUUUAUUGGCCAUCAUAGCCGUACAAUAACCUGAAUAAAAUUUCAAUACAGCGUAUUUUAAUUAAAUAUGACCGUGACUACAAUAAGUAAGUGAAAAAAAAAAAUUACCGUAAAGGUUAACCACAAACAAAAGCCGUGAAUAUAUCCAUAGAACAUUUAAACAUCUCAAGGUGUUAAACCUUUGAAACAAAAACCAGCACCAUAGAAUACAGUAGCACUGCUUCUGACCAUGUAUCAGUGCACAAAAUGUGCAUCAUAAGUAUAACGGAACCAGUUAUAGGCUAACGAGCGCGAACAGGACGCCAUAUUGAUAGUCAAUCCGGUGCAAGUUGUGGAGUGCGUGUGUACCACGUCUAUGGUGAACUACACAAAAGUAAACAUCUGAUGUUUGUAUAUGCGUGCUGUAUUUUCUAGCUAUGGUUUCGCUCUAAAUUAUGACUUUGAAGGAAGGGAUACUGAAAAUUGUGGCAGUUAUCAAAGCAAAUUUGAACGUUAAAGGCGGGAAUGUAGAAAUUUUAAUAUUGUUACAGGCGGGAAAUUAAAGCAUUGUGAUAAAUGGAGAAAUGACGGGACCAUGAAAUUAUGGUGUUAUAGACGGGAAAAUGUUACAAACGGGAAUGUUAUAACCGGGUUGUACUGUAUUAAAUUUUAGUUUUUGAAAGUGUACUUAUUCACUGGUAUUGUAGUUUGCUGAAUUAGUUUUUUACCAGCACGUUUUGUGUUUGUGCUGAAUAUACAAGAUUCGUAAUUCUGUACGUGAUGCAGAUUUUACUGUGGAAAUAACACUGGGGCUGCCAGGGUUCUUAAAGGGAAAACGUUUCUGAUCUGCCUCACUAAAUUGACUGUCGUGGCCAGUCAAGAAACAAAACCAGCUAUAGUUUUCAGGAGUUUAAAGUAGACCACUACUGAUAUCAGUGCCAGUCUUGUCAUGCACACCUGCCUCUGUUUAGUGAAGAUUUACAAACUCACAAGAACCCUCAAGAGUCAGCUGCACACAUGUAAUGAAGUGUGCGUGCCCACAUCCAACAUGCAUGCACACUUUUAGUAGUGUCUACACAGAUAAAAACGUGUGAGCAUGUGAAAUGUUUCUGCACAAGCUAGCAAGUUCAGAAAAAUUGUAACCAAACUCCCGAGUAUUUUUUUUAAAAUGUAAGUUCAGAAUCCAGCUCAAAAAAUAGUUGUAUGACAUUAUUGCAAACUUUUUAUGAAAUAAAAGAAUGAAUUGCAACUAUAGCAUUGGGUAAAUACUAUUGAGUCAGAAGAUGGUUGUGAUAAAAAUUACAAAAAAAUGUAUUUUAAACUGAUGUCAUUGUAUUUGUAUUUUACAUAACUGACAAUAUUUAAUCAUUAAACAUAAUACAGGGAUUUCAUAUACUACAUUUAAAUUUAAGUGUAUACUAAAAAACUUGUGCAACCUCAUUAUGAAUCUGUGAUGUUUUGAGAUUCCAUACUUUUUGAUAAAAUUAUUGUAUGACUGUGUUAAAAUUCUUUUAUAUAGUUAGCACGAGUAUUACUUGGCUGAAUGAGAUGAUAGUAUUUAUGUGUAGUAUUGCAGGGUGUAAAACAUGUCAUUGUAAAUAUUGAUAAUAUAUAUUAUUAAUUGUAGGAAAGAAAUAAGGCUUCAGAUUUAUAGCGUGUAUGCUAAUCCAAUAAGAUGAGUCUCAUAUGUAAGGUAGUAAUAAUAACUGUUAUCGUUGAAGGCAAUUAGAAGUGUUUUGUAGUUUUAAGAAUCCAUUUCCACUAUAUGCUCUCCAGCCAUCUGUUAACACUGGUAUGCAACUUUUUUGCAUGCCAUUUUGUGACAGUAUAGCAGGCCUAUGCUGAUUGUAGCUCAAAGCUAAUUUAUUAUGACUUUAAGUUGAAAUGCAAACAUAUUUAAUUAGUUUUGUUCAAUAUUUGUGUGGAUUUAAUUUUCUACAAUCAUGACUUUUAGGAUGGAUGGAUGGAUGGAUUUUAGUAUAGCUGGGCCUGGGUUUGUGCCAAACUUGUUAAAUAUUUUCAAAGGAAUAACUGCACUCUAACCUGAUUCAAUACUUGCACACAAUCGAAAAAAACACAGAUAUUGUCAGGUACAGUCUUAAACAAACACUUUAGUCAGCAUUUGAACCAUACACAAAAUAAAGUUAUUUCACAAUUGUCACUAAAUAGUAAGGGAACAUAACUUGUUCUCAACUGAAAAUACAAGUUUGAAACAUAUUAAAAGCAUAUUAUAUUUGUUUCUUUAAUAUCACGUUCACAGACCAGUGCCAGAAAAAAAAAAUUGGCUUCAACCAUGGACUACAACAAACACACGGAAACUGUUGUUUUGUGUAAAAUGUGAACACUGAAGUUGAAACCGUUUAAAUUGAUAGUUAAACAUUCUUCCACCAUGUUCACACAGUAGUAGCAUACUGGCUGCAUUAAUUUAUGACAGUAUAAAACUGUGAAUUUCACGCUGAAAGUGACAUAAACAAAUGUAAAUAGAAGUGCCAGAAUUACAUGGAAAUUCAUUGCAAGUGUUUUUGUAUUAUUACCAAAAACGUACUUAGCUUUUAUAAAUAUUUAAUACUAGUGAAUAAUUUGAGUUGAAUGUGUGAAUAUGAGAUAAUUUUGUCACUAUUUUACCAAUUAGAAAUCGUUUUAAUUUCACAUUUAUCAUAAAAUUAAAUAAGGUUAACCUUUUUUUUCUUCAUAAACACAUUUCUUCACUGCCCACCAUUCGCAGUUAUUUUGGUAGAUAGUCCUUGGUUUCCCAAUGAUAUUAAGAGAUAUUGGUGGCAGUAUCUGUGUAUGGGUGGGUUUGAGAGAGUGUGUGUGAUGAAAGUCUUUUCUUAAGAUGUUGAUUCCUCAUAAGCAGUCUGAAAAUGUUUAAGGAUGUUUUAGAAUAGACUUAUUGAGUAGCAAAGUGUACUGGUGGGUGGCAAAGAUGCGUGAACAUGUUUUAGAAAGGUUUGGAACUUUCGAGAAACAUCUUGAAGUUUCCAGAAUUUCCUAAAAAAAUUUCUAAAAUAUAUAUAAUUAAUGCAAUAAUUGUUAGUGGUUGCCGUUAUAACUCCGCAACCCACCCCAUUGCCACAUGGGGACUGUAUGGUAGCCCUCCAUCUCCCAUCCAUGAAGACUAAUUUGGUUUGGUGUUGCAGGGGUUGGGUUCGAAGAUGUUGGUAUGAAAAUAGGGUAUUACACCAAUGGACUUCUUAUGGGAAGUCAAUGUAGCAGUUGGGAAUAGAGUGCCAAAGUGGUAGACUGGCAAGAAAGUUGUUAGUGGUUGUAGAAUGUUCCAGGAUAUUCAAGAAUGUUUAAAAAAUUGCCAGAAUUUCCUUUUAGGAAGUUCCAGGAUGUUAGAGAAAUUUAUAGAAUGUUUGAGAAGGUUCUGGGCUUCAAAGGGACUUCUAUUCUGGAAUAUUUGAGAAUGUUCCGGACUUCUAUUCCGGAACGUUCUUAAAUUUUAUAGAAACUAAGAGAAAUCCAAAACUUCUUGAACAUUCUGGAAUGCUCCAUUGUUCUGUUGUGGUUGGGAUAUAUUCCAGCUCAGAAGCAGUGGUGAAAUCCGUGCCUCAAUAUACUUUAGUAAAAAUGUUUGUAACUAAAACAUACUUUUCUUACAAUGGUAAAAUUUAAGCAAUGCCCUGGGAUUGCUAAACAUGAUUGCAAGUCAACAGCUAGUUCAAUUAAAGUUAAUGCCUAAGUAAAAAAAUUUAUACUUUGCAAAUCAAGUGCAUUUUACAACCCAGUUCAUAAGUUAUUAUUUUAUCUAACCUACAAUGACAGCUAAUGCUGUAAGAAAAAAGUGUCAGUUUUGGUAGUGCUAGAAGUGUUAUUUCUGUGCCUUAAAACAAUUGUAAAUAUUUUCAUGUUUUAAAUAUUAACUUUUAUAUAUUCUGUAAAAAUAUUUAUAGUAAAUACAUUUUUAUGAUGUAAAUUUUUUAUUGAAA